AUGACUGAGGCUCAAAGUAUCUCACCACCAGAGGCGUUCUUCGUAAAGCCAGCCUACACUCCGGGCCUCCUUCCUAACCUUACCCAGAUUCCCUGGCCUCUACCUGACUCCGCACCCUCCCCUAAUCCUAACAGUCUCUAUCGGUCCAAAUUCUUCGAACCCAGAAUGACAGCUACCCAGCGUGGCAUGCUUUUGAAGUUCAUAACCCUCUUUGCGGAAAUAAUGCGGAAGAGUAAUUUGGAGGAUAAGUGGUUCAUUAGCUCAUGCACUCUUCUCGGAUCCCUCCGACACCACGGCUUCAUUCCUUGGGAUGAUGAAGCCGAUGUACUCGUGGACAUCAAGUACAGAGAAUUUAUUCAAGACAGUAUUAAAAAGCACAGCAAUAAAGGAUACCUUAUUGCUCCAAGCGGAUAUCGAGACAAACUCUAUAUGUCAAUUCUGCCAGCAAGUAUGAAUGAUGUGGACGCAGAGGGCUCGAGGGAGAUCCCGAGGAAAAACUAUGGUUGGCCCUACCUCGAUAUUUGCUACUACAAAAUCGAUGGUGAAUACCUCUUUGAAUUGGAAAAAUAUAACCUCCAGCGAUAUGUGUACCAUGUGGAGGAUAUUUUUCCGCUGAUGUACCGCCCCUUUGGUGAGAUGUGGCUUCCAGCGCCCUUUAAAGCGGUCAAACUGCUCAUGGAUAUGUAUCCCCGGAAUGUUGACUGUAUUUACAACGGCUACUCGCAUCUGGCCGAGUGGAGGCGACGUCGUGCUAUUGCCUCCUGCGACACACUGACCAAUCGCUACGCCUUUGUGAGACGCUGUCCGGUGCGGAUUGCCGCCAUAGACAGUGCUAGUGAAGAUCUGGCAUUCGUAGUGGGGCAGAUGAUCAACCGUACUGACAAUGGCAGCUACAGUGUUAUCCACGAAAUCACCACGCUCGUCCACUCAACCGAGCGCUUUUCGCAUUUCGAUCCCUUGACUGUCUGA